AUGUCUUUCACUAAAAUCACUGCUCUAUUAGCUGCUGCCGCUGCCUCCACUAAAUUGGUUUCUGCCAUUGGUCAAUAUGAAGUCGUUGAAUUCGACGCUAUUCUGGCUGAUGUCAAAGCAAACUUGGAACAAUACAUGUCUCUGGCCAUGGAUAAUCCAAAUUUUUCUCUACCAAGUGGUGUUUUAGAUGUUUACCAACAUAUGACCACUGCCACCGAUGAUUCUUACACUAGCUAUUUCACUGAAAUGGACUUUGCUCAGAUCACCACUGCCAUGGUACAGGUUCCAUGGUACUCUUCUAGAUUGGUACCCGAAAUCCUCUCUGCCAUGCAAAACGCCGGUAUUGAUAUUACUACUUUGGGUGGCACUGAUUCAGAAUCCGCUACUACUGAUGCAUCUUCAGCUUCUGGAACUUCCUCAGCUGCCGAAACUUCUUCAGCCUCCGAAUCCUCCUCAGCUGCUGCCUCUUCUUCAGCCUCCGAAUCCUCCUCAGCUGCUGCCUCUUCUUCAGCCUCCGAAUCCUCUUCAGCUGCCGCCUCUUCUUCAGCCUCUGGAUCCUCCUCAGCUGCAGCCUCUUCUUCAGCUUCCGAAUCGGCCAAGUCUUCUGCUGUUUCUUCUACCUCAUCCGCUAAGUCAUCUGUCGCUUCUUCUGCGUCCUCGAAGGCCUCUUCCUCUUCCGCCAAGGCCAGCUCCUCAGCAGAAAAGGCCACUAAUGGCUCCACUUCCGCUACUUCCAAGAAUGCUGGUGCCGUCAUGGACAUGGGCUUCUUCUCUGCUGGUGUCGGUGCCGCUAUCGCUGGUGCAGCCGCCAUGUUAUUAUGA